AUGUUCAAGUUUUUAUUUAUUUUGCCUUUGGUUUUUGCGCAGCAACCCUCUUGGCAGGGUCAAGCUCCUCCUCAGCUGGUUCGAAAUCCUGAUGGCACCCAGGAAUGGCAAAGUGGUAAUUUACGCUGGAAUCCUUCUCUUCAACAAUGGUUUCCAAUUUCUACUGAUCAGCAACUCCAAGUAGCUCCUCAACCAAACCCAGAAGUUGCAGUUGCAGCAGCCGCGGCUCCUCAGAAACAGGCUUUGACAGCUAAACAACAACGUCUUCAAUCGAUCUAUGGAGUACCAGGAAAACGAAACGCGAAUCAAAAACUACGCACAUGCUGUAGAAACUUGAAAGAAGCGGAUGUGGACUGUCGUCGCCGCUAUUGCGACUUCAAUGCUCUGAGAGCUGACCAGGUCAUUGGAUUUAUGGCAACCUGUGCGUCAAGAGGACCAACAGUAGGACAGAUGUGGGAUUGCGCAUCAUCUCGUGUUGAUCACACCGAAUGUUGCUCGAAUGAGGGAGUUCUUGACCAAUGUUUGCCUUAUUGUGAGACAACAAAAGGAGUUCCGACUGAUUAUGUCAAGUAUAUCGUCUGUUUAUCUCAAUUCGACAAGAUUCGGACUUGCUUUUACAAUUAUCUUGACAAGCAUCCAAACAUCGAUGGGGAGGAUUAA